AUCAGAAGCGGGAGGAGGCGGGCGCUCGCCCCAGGUCCCGGGCCGUCGGCGGGAGCCGGGCAGGUGCUCGGGGCGCGGCCUCCGUGGUGGUCCGAGGCGGCGGCCGGACAGUCCCUCCUCGUCGCUGCGGACUCUCGUCUCGGCUGUCCCCCCCACCGCCCCGGCCCUCAGCGGCCCGCUCGGCCACGUGGCGGCUGGCCCCGGCCGAUGGACACGCUGGCGCCGGGCCCCUGGCGAAGGCGGCGGCCGGAGGAACUGCAGGCUCCGGGGGACGCGAAGCGCGCGUGCCGGCGGGCAGACGUGACCGAGCCCCGUGACGGCCUGCCGGUGAAGGUGGCCAGCCCACAUCCCGAGCACCGUGGCCCCCCCGACCCCGCGGGCCAUGCCGCCGCCCGGAUGCCUCGGGAUGGCGGAAGGAGCCCGGCCCAGCCUUGCCCACGAUGCGUUGCAGGGGCGUCUGGCCAUUUCAGCCACACCUUGGCACAAUAGGGGCCGCCUGGGACCAGGCAGAGCACUGUGGGCUGGAGCCUCCUGGACGUCAUGACCCUGGAUCCUGGAGCCCCUGGGGCCACGCCGAAGACCCUCCACGCUGUGGCCUCAGGCAGCGCCGCACAUCAAGAAGCCGGAGCCCUUCAGAGCCGUGCUGCGCUUCAGCCUCUCGGAACCUUCCAGAUGUGGCCUUGAUCCC